AUGCUGGAAGAACACAAUCUUCGCUAUCGGACUGGGAAUGAAUGCCAAUCCGAAUCCGCUGCCUCCAUGCAGAUCAAAACUGAGGGAGUAGCAGCCGGCAGAGAGAAUCAACUUCGGACCGAGCGCCGCUUCGGAGAGUCAAUCAAAAAUAGUCAAGAAUCACUGACAGUCGAUCAUCCAUCGGGCAGCCAGCCCAGCCGCGCAUAUUCCAUCACGCACAUCUAUAAGGAGCUCUUUAACCAUCUUGAUGAUGUUGCGGAGUUACUAGAACGCAAGACUGUCCCUUGGAAAAAGAGAAUGCUUCAGGCACUACAGGCAGCGAAACAGAAACUCUCAAAGUACCACAGAGCGACCGGCAGUGAAUCGUUUGGCACAGAUUAUGCAAUUGCAACUAUUCUGUGUCCAUCGAAGAAGCUUCGGUUUUUUGAAGGCGAUGACUGGAAAGAGAAAAACGAGAAGGGAGAAGAUAUCAAUUGGAUGGAGAUCUAUCGGGAUAAACUACAGAAGGAAUUUGACCAAUAUCAACAACGCAUAACCCGCCGCAAGGAGCCCUCUCAAGCCCAAGUCUCUCAAGAAGUGGACGAAGAGGAGCUUGAUCUGAUGAUGGAUUUGCACGCUUCACACAGUGAAAUUGACCGACCGGAGGAUGAGAUCACACGAUAUCUUGCACAGGGUCUUACCAAAGGAAAGCCAAGGGUGUUCUGGAAGGAGCAUGAGCAUGAAUAUCCAGUGCUUGCAGCGAUGGCGCGGGAUAAUCUGGCAACACCUGCUAGUGGCGCUGGUGUUGAGCGGCUCUUCAAUUGUGCUCGUGAUGUCUGUCACUAUCGCCGGGGGCAGCUUAAACCAGAAACCAUCAGGUCUCUAAUGCUUCAUCUGUUCGCAUCGAAGUUCGAGCUUCAACAAACCGAGCUCGAGAUGAUCAAGGAGUAUCUCUCUAGCGGAGAGGUUGCCAUACUCGAUCAGACAUGGAAGCCAACUCCGUCGCUUCACGAUAUCGAGCCGAUCAGUGAAAACGAAGAAGAUGGUAACCAAGCGGAGAAUGGAUCGGAUGACUCAGAAAAUGAUUUGGGAUAUAGUUAUACAGUUGAGCAGGCGACUCCUACACCGAUUCCAAUCCGGGGCAAGCAACCACGGCGCAAGCGGCUUCAUAGUGCCGUUGAGCCUCAGGAUGAUGGUGAUAAGGAUCUCCCGCUUCCUGAAAUGCCAACUGAGAAGCCCACGCAGGGGAGAUCGGGGAGGAUUCGGAAGAAGCCAAAGCAGCCAGAUGGAUUUGAGUUUGAUAACCUGUGA